AGUCGAUGGCGACGGCGGCGGAGAAUGUGAACACAUGGUCCGGAACAGCGUUCUUGUUUCCUCUAUUGGGAGCGUUCGUGGCGGAUUCUUUUCUGGGUCGCUACCGCACCAUUAUUGUUGCUUCUCUGCUCUACAUUUUGCUUCUUAGGAGGGAAAGCUGAGCCGAGUUAGUACUGGAGCUGCAGGGGAAACUCUAUGCUGUUGCGCGCUGGUGACUGCUUCUGUUUCCCCUACCAUCAGCAUUUCAAAACGUGGAAUGGUUGUGCCUGACCGCACCGCCUUUUUGGUAACCUGAGUCUUCAUACUAUAGCACUGACAUUCCUUACUUGUUAUGCAUCAGCAUUCUUCUCUCUGGUGAAAAUAGUCAAAAUACCCUUGUGUGUAUACUUUAGCACUUGUCAAAACCUAAUGUGCAUUCCAAGUUAUGAAAUUACGAAACCGAACCCAGGAUGGGAUGUAUAGGAAUCUUUGUGCUCUGGUAGUAGACCUUUGCCCUUUCAAAGCAUAACUCUAGUAGUUGAUGAAGCUUAUGGUGGUUUUGUAACCUUUGCCUUGGUUGGGCAAAGGCCUCCAACUAACCUAGCAUUGCUUUGUCAUGGAUGAGAAGAGAUUUCCGAAAUCCGGAAUCCGAGAAAUGGAACUUAGUUGAAGUAAUGUUAUUUACAUGUAUCUGAGUGUUUACGAUGUGAAAAUGAACGAGGUGUUAUCUCCAUUUCCAUCAUACAUCAGAUGGAACUAAAAAAUACUGCCGAUUUGAUCUAUAUUUCACUUUACCUUCUGAUGGAGGAACAUGUUACCAAUGAUUAUUGUUUUCUACAUCUUGCUAUGUUUGAAUAUUAUUGUUCUUGACCUAUAUUGGAACAGGGACUCGGCUUGUUGACCGUGUCGGCCUUGCUUACUUCUUCUGAGCUUCAAAUAGUGUUAUUCUUCUUCUCUCUAUAUCUAGUAGCAGUUGCGCAAGGUGGACACAAGCCCUGUGUUCAGGCUUUAGGGGCAGAUCAGUUUGAUGGACAAGAUCCAGAGGAGUGCAAAGCGAAAAGCUCAUUCUUCAAUUGGUGGUACUUUGGUAUGAAUGCAGGCAUACUAUUGUCAUUCUCAGUAUUGACCUACAUACAGGACAAUCUAAGCUGGGGUCUGGGUUUUGGAAUUCCUUGUGUUGUGAUGAUCCUUGCACUGAUUAUUUUUGUCAGUGGAACUAGGACAUACCGGUAUAGCAUCCAAGGGGAGGAGGAAAGCCCAUUUGUGAGAAUCGGCAAGGUUUUUGUUGCUGCAUUAAGGAACCGGCGAACUAGUCCUUCAGCAAUAGCUUCUGAAGAGGAAUCCCUUGGAACCUUUCCUGAUCAAAGUUCUGAACAAUUCAAGUUCCUCAACAAAGCCUUGCUUGCACCAGAUAAUUUGAAGAAAAACGGGAAGGUGUGUACCAUCGCUGAGGUUGAGGAAGCAAAGGCUGUUCUGAGGCUGUUUCCAAUAUGGACUGCAUGCUUGCCAUAUGCUAUUGUAUUUGCACAGUUCACUACUUUCUUCACCAAGCAAGGUGCUACCAUGGACAGAACUAUUGUGCCCGGUUUUGACAUACCAGCUGCUUCACUUCAGUCAUUUAUCUGCCUUGCCAUAAUGAUGAUCAUACCCAUUUAUGACCGCAUUUUUGUUCCAAUGGCAAGAGCUUUCACCAGAGAACCCUUUGGCAUUACAAUGCUACAAAGAAUCGGAACUGGGAUGUUUUUCUCUAUCAUAUCUAUGGUCGUUGCAGCUUUAGUUGAGAUGAAAAGGCUCCAAACUGCCAAAGAUUAUGAUCUGGUUGAUCUGCCAAGUGCCACAAUUCCAAUGAGUAUUUGGUGGUUGGUUCCUCAGUACUGUUUGUAUGGACUAGCCGAUGUUUUAACCAUUGUUGGUCUACAAGAGUUCUUCUAUGAUCAGGUACCAAAUGAAUUAAGAAGCAUGGGACUUGCUCUCUACCUCAGUAUAUUGGGUGUGGGAAACUUUCUGAGCAGCUUUCUUAUCUCUAUUAUUGAGGAAGCAACCAGUUGGGGAGGCAACACUAGCUGGUUUUCCGACAACCUUAAUCUUGCACAUCUUGAUUACUUUUACUGGUUACUAGCAGCACUCUGUGGAGUAGGAUUGUUGGCCUACAUGUAUUUUGCAAAAUCUUACCUUUACAAUAGGGCUAGUACAAUAUAAACACAAAUCUGAAUCGUUAUAAUUACCACAAAAUACAGUGUCAUCACAUCUGUUGUGGUAAAUAUGAAAAGUGAACAUGUAAAUCAAUUGUGUGUGUAUUGUUCUCCCACAAACACGUACUAUAGCAUUCCUUCUCUAGACAGAAAAAUACGUUUCCAUUUGAUUUUGA